AUGCCGCUUGUUGAAAACUAUGGAUAUGUUAACAUAAGAAGGAAUGGGGUUCUUGUUCCUGCUAGUGCAGGAGGCAGUUGGUUGAGAACAACGUUCAAUGGAUUCUCAGAUUAUCGCUCUCUUUCUCAUUCGUUUUACCGUACUUCAUCAUGGGGAAGUAUUCUGCAGGACAGCUCAAUUCUUGUGGAUAUUCCACUUGUUGAUCGAAGCUUCUACGGCAAAAAGACUGAGGCGUAUAAAGAAGAGUUGAAAAUUGUUGGUGUUAUGUUUGAGUUCAAUAACGCUUGUGAAUUUGCUGGUAACCACCUCAUGAGUUUAGCUAAGACAUCAUCAUUCUCAAGAGCCAAUGUAUUCUCGAUUCUGAAAUUCAUCAGGCACUUGAGAAAGAAGCUCCUCUCACCAGAAAGUUUCAUCAGAGCCAUCAAAAAUCACCCUUGGCUAAGGAAAUCUUCCGGUGAUAGAUCUCUAGAUGGAGUUGUUUUGUUCAACCAAGACUGUAAAGUUGCGUCCCUGAUCAGUGAUAUUCCAUUCAUUGAUAGAGUUAUCAAUUUGAAUUUAACAUCAACAGUUUCAAGGAAGAGCUUGAGUGCUAGGCGUUGUAGUUCCGUUUUCUGA